AUGACAGUCUACGUAGAGCUCCCCAAGCUCAUAUCUUCCCACUCCGUCCAGUCCAAACCAAAUCGCCUCAACAUGUCUCCCGGUCUGGCCCAGCAAGGUGGCACCAGCUACAACAAGCCGGCGCGUCGAUCCAGGAGCCUCGCGGUGCAGGGCUCUUUGGUCAACAAGACGCCCCGAGCUGGCGGCUCGCCCACCUCCGGGACCAAAAUGCACGCACCAGACAGCCAGCGCACCAACUCCAAGCUCACGGAGGCGUUGAAGAACCCGAACUGGCGAGAUCGCGGCAUUGAAAGCGGCUCGUCAUCCUCCGCCAACCUCAGCAUGGACGAGUCUCGCAUUCAUGCGUCCGACGAUGCGCUUUCGCGGCCCCGAGGAUGGCCGUCGUCUUCCUCGGGAAACUCGUACGCCGUCGAGCCGGAUGAUACCAACAAGCGCAAGGUAUCCGCGAUCGAACAAAUGUUCUAUCCCCUUCCGCCGGCCAACGCCACACCUCAGGGGACUACCCCUAAACACGCUGCAGGAAAGCCAACAGUUGGGGCAGAGGCCUCUGGCCUAUUUCGCGUGCUGGGGCAACGUAAACUUGAAGGUUGGUCCAAGGGACCCGACAUGUUCUUGCUCGACGUCUCAGAUCAUCACGAAAAUGGCCCGGCAAAGCACCUCGGCGGCGACGUCUCUGACACCUCUGCACACAUGCAGCACGGGCCUGUGACCAUAAUCUCCACUCAUGCUCGGCAAGCCUACACCGGAGGCAGCCGAGCUGGCGUCAACUUGGCCCACAAAGGAGGCUACACUGAUCAUGGAGUUUAUGGCGAUGGCAAUCUUCAGACUUUCCAUCGCAGCGAUCCCUUGGGCCACCGUAGUCGCCCUGAGACUCGCAACGGCUUGCAUGCGUCGCCCUCAACCCGGAACCUGGAAUCGUUCCGUCACAGCAACGUCUAUGAGACUGGAGCCAUCUCUCAGCACCACUUCGGGCGUAUCACCGCUGAAACGCCCGCUGUCCGCGAAGUGGUUACAGGUGCCCGUCUUACAACCUACGAAGAGGAAUCACGCGCCAAUCUUGACGCCAAAAAUGAAGCUUUCCAACGGAUGCUCGACAAGCUCAAGAAACCAGCUAGGCCCAGCGUUGUGCAGGCACAAGUCUUGAGGGGCAGUAGCCCCAAUUCUGGUCACGGACACGACACCUUUGCCCAUGGCCCAUCUGGACUCGCCCAACAUGACGCCAGUAGUCACGAUGUGGUGCCCGUCGCACGAAGAGAGUUCACUGUGUCCGACUUUACGGUUCCCUACGGACGUGUCAGAAGUAACAUGCAUGAGACGGAGUUUUCCAGUGACUCGACCACCAGCACGACUUCAAGUGCCAGAAAUAACUCGCUGAACCCUAAAGCAAGAGAGUUUCUCUCUUUCAAGCACAGUCUGCGACGUUCACCCCGGCGCGACAAUGAGGGGCUCUUUCAGGAUCCUAUAUAUCUCAGACUGCGUGAUUCUCAACAUCACGACGCAAGCGAGUCAACGGGCUGGGGUGAAGCCGAUCUUGAUGAGACCAAACCAGAUUCCACCCCAGAUCCGUUUAUUCGUCACUACGACAGAAUUGGGCCAAUCCAGGCGCUCAACUUGACUAGAGCGCCGGACGUUCGCAACCUGGUUCCUCUUCAACCCGCCCCUGGCCUGCCCUAUCCGUUUGUCCCGGCCGUCGAUGUCGCGGCUUACCCGCCCGAUCCCACUCAGCUUGUCGAGGUGCCGCACGUUCUACCCAGCUUAUACACUGGAGCCAGCAUCUUUGCUCGCCCCAGCGCGGGCACGAGUGCGUGUUCCGGUACGGCUCCGGCGUACCGCUCGCUUCCUUCUCGGCUCCAAUAUCCACCUCUGCCGGUGGCUCCUCAGCCGGCUGCAUAUACCCCGGCUCCGGCUUUCCCACGAGUCCCCGCUGGUCGUCCAGUUCCUGUGCCAAAGCCUCAGAUGCCGAACGCGCGCGAACAGCAGGCAUACGAGGCGUACAUUGAGCAGCGAAAGGCCAUGGAGCCCGGCUACGCCAUGGAGUGUCGACAGAGGCAGCAACGCAGAGCGAAGCGCAACCAGGCGGCAAGACUCGGUGCUGCCGGAGCUCCUUAG